UUAAAAGAACAAUUUUCGCUUUUGAUAACGGUAAACUUGUAAACUGCGUUCAUUCGUAAUACAUUGUAUUAUAGAUAACUCGACUUGUUUACUUUUUGCUGGCAGCAGAUUUUUUUGAGUGCGUUUAGACAAUACGAAGAACGAUGUUUAACCUCUCUUGGGAUCAAUCUUCCUGCCAGCAAAACGUAAACAAGGCAAGUCAUCAAUUGUCAACACAGCCACCCCACAAGUGUGGGAUACACACUUCCACAACCCUUUUGGCACAAACCACGAGUGACGAGUCCUUGGAACGCUCCUUGAUGAAUAAAAAAAAGGAAAUUAUGAGAGAAAAUGAAAAAGUAAAAGGUUCCAGUGGUAAGAGGCUGCCAAGCAUGUCAAAAGUUGUAUGCAUACCUGCUGAAUGUCAUGCCAACAGUUUGCUGUUCAAAGAAUGCAUCUUAUUGGCAUCAACUGCUUUGAAAGAGGGUGAAGUGAUUGCACUAGCAACAGACACUGUGUAUGGCAUUGCAGCCUUGGCCCAGUCGACAAGUGCUGUCCAAAAGCUUUACCAAAUAAAAGGACGAAAUUUUGAGAAGCCAAUAGCAAUCUCUGUUGGUCGUAUUAGCGAUGUGAACAAAUGGGGCAAGGCAACCUUGGAUGAUGAUGCGCUAUCACACUUACUGCCUGGGGCUGUAACUCUUGUUUUUGAAAGACAACCGGAAUUGAACAAAGAACUCAAUCCGUACACAACUCUCGUUGGAAUCCGAAUCCCUGAUAACGCAUUCAUCAGAGAACUCGCUUUGCAUUGUGAUGCACCAUUAGCAUUAACUAGCGCCAACAAAAGUUCCACGAAGAGUAGUUUAGAUGUAAAGGAAUUUGAAAAUCUUUGGGAACAUUUGGCGAUCGUAUUUGACGGUGGAAAAUUGGGAGAUACUGAAGAAUGCCGCAAGGGAUCGACAGUUGUAAAUUUAUCUACGCCGGGAAAAUAUAAAAUCAUUCGUGAUGGAAGUGCAUUAUCAGAAACGAUAGAAACACUACAAAAUUUUGGAUUAUCGGAAGAUAUUCUGUAAAUUUAGGAAAGAAUCGAUGGGAAAAGCAAAAAUGGCAAAAGUUACAGUUUUUACAUGAAUGAUUAACUUAGCUCCCAAUAAUGUCGGCAAUUUGAUUCUACAUUUUGAUUUUAUUUGUAUAAUAAUCAGAAAUGAUUAUACAAGUUAUGUUUGCAUUAUGCAUAUUUUAAAUAAUUUGAUAUAAUGAAUAGAAAACACACAUGGUACGUUGUGGGAUGAUUUGGUGCGUUGAUUGAAUUCCGAUUUUUGUCGGCGAAUAGCGAGUGCUUCUUUGAACAGUACACUUUAACCAGUGCUUAACUUUGAGAGCAUCCUCAAAACUAUUUGUCUUCUAUUAAUAAAAUCAAAUUACAUGAAGUACGAGUACCACAUUCAAUGAUACACAAGUAAUAUGAUUACUACUGAUGAUGACCAAAUAAAGUUGAAACGUAUAA